GCUCUCAGUCCCUCACUUCUGGAGAAAGGAAAACAGAAUCCUGCACAAUUAAAAAAUUUUAAUUCACAGAUUGAAUCUCCAGUUCGAAUAUGAUGCAUAUGCGAUCGCUGAUACUCCUCCUUUCAAUCUCACUAUCCCCCUUGUUUGGACUGAGUCAGAUUUGUGAGUCUGGGAUCGGGUAUUGUGAUUCGGAGAGUGUGUUAUCGUCGAAGAUAUUGAUCGCGGGUGGGACGGUUGUAAAUGCUGAUCAUCAGGAGGUUGCUGAUGUUUAUGUAGAGGAUGGAGUUAUUGUUGAUGUUAGACCUAAUAUUAAGGUUUCCGAUGGCGUUAGAAUUAUUGAUGCUACAGGAAAGUUUGUUAUGCCAGGAGGAAUUGAUCCGCACACACAUUUGGCGAUGGAAUUCAUGGGUACUGAAACGAUUGAUAAUUUUUUCAGCGGUCAAGCGGCGGCAUUAGCUGGCGGGACGACAAUGCAUAUAGAUUUUGUUAUUCCUGUACAGGGUAGCUUAUCUAAAGGGUACGAGGCGUAUGUCGAAAAAGCAAAGUUAUCUUGCAUGGAUUACGGGUUUCACAUGGCCAUCACUAAAUGGGACGAUACCGUUUCCAAAGAGAUGGAAAUUAUGGUCAAGGAAAAAGGAAUAAACUCGUUUAAGUUUUUCAUGGCCUACAAGGGCUCUCUAAUGAUCAGCGAUGAGCUUUUGUUAGAGGGCCUUAAACAAUGCAAGUCUCUUGGUGCAUUAGCAAUGGUUCAUGCAGAAAACGGAGAUGCGGUUUUCGAAGGACAAAAAAGAAUGAUUGAACUUGGUAUUACUGGUCCAGAAGGACAUGCUUUAUCAAGACCCCCGGUGCUUGAAGGGGAGGCUACAGCUCGAGCAAUCCGAUUGGCUGCUUUUGUGAAUACGCCUUUGUACGUUGUUCAUGUCAUGAGCAUUGAUGCCAUGGAGGAAAUAGCUAGAGCUCAAAAAUCAGGGCAAAAAGUUAUUGGAGAGCCUGUGGUUUCUGGCUUAGUUCUUGAUGAUUCCGUCCUAUGGGAUCCUGAUUUUAUCACAGCAGCAAAGUUCGUUAUGAGCCCCCCGAUAAGAGCACCGGGGCAUGGUAAAGCACUUCAAGCAGCAUUAUCAACUGGAAUCCUAAAGCUUGUAGGAACAGAUCACUGCACUUUCAAUUCUACACAGAAGUCUUUUGGAAUCGAUGAUUUUCGGAAAAUACCAAAUGGGGUCAACGGGCUUGAAGAAAGGAUGCAUCUUGUUUGGGACACAAUGGUGGAAUCUGGUCAAUUAUCCGUAACCGACUUUGUCCGUGUAACAAGUACAGAAUGUGCGAAAUUGUUCAAUAUAUAUCCAAGAAAAGGAGCUAUACGUGCUGGAUCUGAUGCGGAUAUAAUCAUAUUCAAUCCAAAUUCAACUUUUCACAUUAGUGCCAGUUCUCACCAUUCUAGAUCAGACACAAAUGUAUAUGAGGGAAGAAAUGGGAAGGGGAAAGUUGAAGUAACAAUUGCUGGCGGAAAAAUUGUAUGGGAAAAUGACGAAUUAAAGGUUGUUCCCGGAUCUGGCAAGUAUAUAUCAAUGCCGCCAUUCAAUUAUCUUUAUAACGGUAUUGAUAAAGCAGAUGAAAACUACCUUACAUCCCUUAAAGCUCCGGUCAAUCGCAUCAAACCAUCUCUAUAAAUUGCAAGGAAAAGAUACACACUUUGACUAGUUUAGGUCAAACCUACCACCUGUAAACCUUAAAAACCUACGCGAAACCUAUUUUUAACACCAUUGUGAAAAAAAAUAUAAUGUUGGUGUCAUUCUUGCGAGAUAGUGUAUUUGUCUCGUUAUCGCAUCUUGAAAAUCCUGGGGUUGACUUUAAAGUCAACAUGUUCGUUUUUUUUUCUUUUUCUGAAACCAUGUAAUGCGCGCAGUUGCGUCAUACAUUAUAAGUUAGCCUUUUAGACUGUUUUUUAGCAAGGUUUUAGAAUGUUUAGUAAACUUGAUUUGUAUAUAA